UUUUGAACCCACAAUUUCUUUAUGGUGCCCCACCAUCUCCUGAAGUUGCUAGAGAAGUCAUGGAUGGAGUUAAAAAAGUGAUAACCAAGUUGGUACCCGAUAUAGAUACUCAAAUUCGGGCUAUUAAUCAAUUGUUGCUAUAUCGAGAUAGGCAGGAGACUUUUGGAACCCCGUUGGCUCAAAGGGCAGUGAAACAAACAAAUCCUGCUGAAUGGUGGAUUCAUUAUGGCUUGUGUGCUCCUGAGCUCCAAAGAAUAGCAAUUAGAGUUCUUAGCCAGACCACAUCAGCUUCGAACUGUGAGCGUAAUUGGAGCACCUUUAGCCUCAUCCAUACGAAAACAAGAAAUAGAUUAAAGUACAUGAGACUACAAAAACUUGUUUUCGUACAUUACAACAUGAGGUUAAAGUUAAGACGUACAAUGAGAAGAAGCCAACGAGAAAUUGAAGAGGGUUUCAAUCCUAUCAAUUUGGACUACAUUUUCGAAGAAGAUGAUCCUUUAAGUCAAUGGUUAGAGGAGAGAGAGACACCACUACUCGACGGUCAGGACAAUUCAAAUUGGUUAAAUGAAGAGGUUGGUGGUACUACAGAAGGAGGUGAUCAACCACCAAUAAACGCUCAUGAUGAUUCAGGUUCAAGCCCUGAACGUACACAAAGUGAUGACAAUCUUGGUUUGAGCCCACCAAGUGAUGAUGAUGGUAAUAGUGGUGCUGGAGCUGGGGUUGGGGGGGGGUGGCAGUGGUGGUGGUGGAGGCGGCGGUGUAGAAUAUAAUUAUGGAUAUGAUACAGGGACAUCAUUUGGAAGGGAUAUAUAUCCUUCUGAUCCUUAUGGACUACAUGACAUACCUGAAAAUUAUGACUUGGGUAUUCCUCCAGGGAACCAAUCUUCACAACCCAGGAGAAGGAGGAGUGCUCGUGGUGACCCUAGCGAUUCUACUGAAGAUUCAUAUGGUGUGGUUCGUAGUUUUGGCGACUUUGGUUUAGAUGGUUCAUCAUCACAAUCAUUUGGAUCUCAUCCAGCAUAUCCACAUUAUGCAUCUCGUGACUCACAUUUUUAUCCCAGUGGAUUAGGAAUCUCAGGAUCUAGUGAGUCUUCUUCUACACACUACCCAGAGCCAGCCCCUGCCCCAACUUAUAGACAUUAUUCAGGAGAAUUUUCAUCACCAGUACGUUUUCAAGAGCAACAACAAAAUGAUGCAAACUUGGGUUCAUUCAACUAUGUAUUUCCACAAGGAUGGGGAGAUAAUUUCCCAUCCCAAUCUCAAGAUACAGAUGCAAAUUAUGAAGACCCUCCACGUCAUUCUUUUUGGUGGUGACAUGUGUUAUAUUAUAAAUUUGUAAUAUUGUAUUCAUGUAUUUUCAAUUAUUUAUUGAUAUUUGAUAUUAAUCACUUUUUAAAUUCAU